CAGCAACAAAAACAACAUGGUCCAACGUCUGACGCUAAGAAGACGCCUGUCGUACAACACACGCUCCAACAAGAGGCGCAUUGUGCGCACUCCUGGCGGUCGCCUGGUGUACCAGUAUGUCAAGAAGAACAAGACUGUGCCCCGUUGCGGCCAAUGCAAGGAGAAGCUUAAGGGUAUCACCCCCUCCCGGCCCAGCGAGCGCCCACGCAUGUCCAAGCGCCUAAAGACCGUCGCCCGCACCUACGGAGGCGUUCUGUGCCACGGCUGCCUGCGCGAGCGCAUCGUUCGUGCCUUCCUCAUCGAGGAGCAGAAGAUCGUCAAGGCCCUGAAGAGCCAGCGCGAGGCAUUGGUGAAGCCGGUCAAGGCCCCCAAGGUUGAGCAGAAGAAGAAGCCCACUGGCAAGCCCACGAAGCCAGGAGCCGGCAAGGCCGGUGCCAAAUCCACGGGCCCCAAGGGAGCCGCUGGCGCUAAGGGAGCUGCCGGCAAGAAGCCCGGACAGAAGCCUGCGGCUGGCAAGCCCAGGAAGUAAUCGCAUCGCGGACAUAGGACUUCGGAGUUCAGUUAACUGCUAAAUAAGAAAUUUAUAAAUAAA